AUGGAAAUAGGCUGGAGGAUAUACGCACUCUCCCUCGUUGUGCAGAUCCUCUCACAGACCACACAUGCUGGCGCAGAGUUGUCGCAGCGUCAGUCAACUAAUACUACCCAGCAAAUCGAUGUCUCCAAACUGCCACCGUGUCUGCUAUCCACUUGCAGCUCCAAUCCUCUCGGAAGCGCACCGGAAGACGCGUGCACGCCGAUAAAACCGUCGACACUGUUAUAUGAGAAAAGUUGCUACUGCGCUCUCAAGGACCCGCUUUACUGCGCGUGGUCGUGCACUUGGUGGGAAUGGAUGGCCGUCGAGGACUGGUUCGUCCAGGAAUGCGGUCCAGACUCUGAUAACCUUUCGUACGAUGGUCUGCCGGCCUGUGCGCAGAGUUGUCUACAUCCAGCGCUUGUCUAUUACGGCUGCGUCAGCGAGGGUCGCAACUGCUUCUGUCUUCAUGGGAGCUUGUUCGAUUGCCAGUCGAACUGUCACAAGGAGAGCGAGAGAACGGCCAUCAAGAACUGGCUGGUAGAGCGCUGCGGUGUCAGUCCUGCACUGGGCCAGAAAGGGGCCGACACCGGUGUGUUCUAUGGCUCCGCGGAGGACGACUCCGAGUCGAGACAGUCACCUGUCCUUUUCCGGCCCAAACGGAAGGAAUUGAAGUGGUACGAGAUCUUUGCGAUUGUGCUGCUUUGCGCCUCCGUCCUGGUAGGAGUACUCGUCUGGAUUGAUCUCCGUGUCCGGGAAAGAAAAAGACGCAAGCCAGCACGAGCCCGAGGCCAGGGUGGGAUAGCUCAUGCUCUGAGUGAGAAUCCCCUUGCCCUCAGGCUGCGGGGGAUGGGAAGAUGGAAAGCUCUUCCGGGAGAUGCAGAGGGGUGA